AUGCUCAUUACAUUCGUGACGGAUAUCGGCGAGUCCUAUGGGCUUGAGAUCGACCCAAAUAUGGAGAUGGAGAAUAUUAUGGCACUACUAGAGGCCGAGCGCGGAGAGGCUAACCCAGGGCGCAUAUUCACAGUAGAACUCGAUGACCCGAAGAAAACAGUCAGGCAAUGCGGGGUGCAAGAGAAUGCCAUGAUCCUAUUGCGGCGACGCGUCGUCGUGGCUGGUCGCUCUGCUGAACAGGACGCUGAGAUGAUGAGACUCCAGGUGCUCGGUGAUCCCAAUUUGAUGGCACAAUUGCGUGCAACUCGGCCAGAGCUCGCAGAGGCGGCCGCUAGCAAUCCCAGUAGAUUCGCCGCGCUCUUGCGACAAUUUAGACAGGAAACGCAGCAUCGCGAGGUUGAGAGUGCAGAUCCGUACGAUAUGGAUGCACAGCGACGGAUUGAAGAAGCGAUUCGACAAGAGGCUAUCAUGGAGAAUUUAAAUCACGCACUCGAAUACUCGCCUGAAUUUUUUGGACGCGUCCAUAUGCUCUACAUCCCUCUCGAAGUCAACGGGGUCAAAGUGAAGGCAUUUGUGGACAGCGGUGCACAGCAGACGAUCAUGAGCCCCGAAUGCGCUGAACGAUGCGGAAUCACUCGACUGAUUGAUACACGGUUUUCUGGUAUCGCCAAGGGUGUGGGGACGGCCAAGAUUCUCGGAAGGGUACACUCUGCCCAAUUGAAGAUUGCGGACCUCUUCUUACCCUGCGCAUUCACAAUCAUGGAGGGCAAGGAUGUCGACUUGUUAUUCGGACUAGAUAUGCUCAAGGCGCACCAGGCCAAUAUCGAUCUCGAACAUGACGUCUUACGGAUCAAAGGGCGCGAAGUACGAUUUCUGCCGGAACAUGAACUCCCCGACAACGCUCGACCAGAGCAUAAUCCGGAGAUUGAUGAAGCAUCUACCUCGGCUUCCCAGCCUCAACAACCACGACAAGGAACUCCUUCCAGAUUCCCUGGAUCGGGGAACGCUCUCGGAGGUUCAAACACUCCCGUCGGAGCAGGUGGAUCGCGAAAUCCGUCCAACUCUGCACCUGCUCCACCCGGAGGAAAUGGCGGAGGGGGAACACCUUUCCCGGAGCGAGAUAUUCAGACCAUCAUGGAGAUGGGUGCCUCGCGUGAAGACGCGAUUCGGACGUUGCGUGCUGCGGGCGGUAAUCUCGAGAUCGCCGCUUCGUUGCUCUUUUCAUAG